UCCACAGAAGGGAGUAGUGCUUGGUGUUCUUCGUUCGGUAUUAAUCACUCGGUUGUAAUUUGCUAUGGAGGGUAAAGUGAACCAACCCAUGGUAGACCGAGAGCUUGACUCCUUCCGGGGGCCAUCGACCGUGGUGACUAUUGGAACCAGUGGUUCGCCGGUCAGCGACCACGUCCUCUGGUCUCUUUUCAACUUUGUUCUCUGUAACUUCUGUUGCCUUGGGUUUCUGGCUUUAGUCUUUUCCGUUAAGUCUAGAGAUUGUAAAGCUGUGGGAGAUGUACAUCGAGCUGAACACUACAGCUUGACAUCCAGAAACCUGAAUAUAAUGACAACAUCUCUGUCCAUCCUUACUUUUGUGGUUUUGUUUGGCCUGUUAGUUGCUGGUGUGAUCCGAAUUCCCCAUUGCGGAGAAUGAAACUCUAAUCCAGGAUGAACAUUAUAGAUCAACCGAUGCAUAACAAUUGAUCAUUGACUCUGUCACUGAAAUACUUCAAACACCACAUACUUCUAAAUCUGCUUAUUCUGUAAUGAAUGAUUUGUAUAAUAUUUCAAUAAACUGCAAUGUUUUGGUGUGGCAA